UAAACCCCAAAAGCUAGUCUUGUUUCCAAAUAUUUUGGUUAUCUAUGUGAAAAUAAUGAUACUUAUGUUUAGUAGCAUUCUAGACAUAUGGUUUACAAACCAGUAGUUGUUCGGCAUGGAAGUAGACUAAUAUAAUAUAACCACUUCCAAUUAAUUUCCUUCUAUUUCUGCUGGCAUUUAUUCUAACGGUAAUUCUCUGCUGCCUCCCUUAAAAACUACAAAUCUAUUUGAAGGGAAGAUACAAAUAGUAAAAGAUCGCUAGGAUAGUUAGCACGAUGUGUAACAUGGAAGAUGAAUCAACAAGAGUUUUCCUGAAUUAGAUUAAGCUGACAGACACGAUAACCAAAAAAAGUUUAACCAAUCAUUCUCUAAUUGCUCCCUGCCACAGCUAUAUUUGUAUCACAUCAUCAUUCUUAAGCGAAAACCCAACCCCCUUCCAAUCUCAAAAUCUAAUAUCCUUUCUUUCUUACGAAAUAAUUAAUUCAAAAAGUUUUAAAUUAUCCGACAAGAACCAGAAGUUAAGUAUACAUUCAAAAUGUUCGCCGAAGCUGAUAGUAUUCCUAGAGCAAAAUAUGGCAAUAUGAUGCAUUCUGAUCCGAAUCUCACCUCCACAACGACUCAACAAACAGAGGAAGAGUACGGCGUACGCAACAGCAGUGCAUCUGCGGUUGGCACAGGCAUGUACGAUAGAAUGAGCUGCGAAGGUUCUCCAAUGAUGAUGUCUCCUUGGAACCAAGCGAAUCCAUUUGCUCAAACCCAAUGGUCUAACGUUGAAGAAAAUCUACCUCAGAACGGCCUUAUUGGCUCGCUUGUUCGCGAAGAAGGCCACAUCUAUUCUUUAGCGGCCACGAAAGAUCUUCUCUACACCGGUUCCGACAGCAAAAACAUACGCGUGUGGAAGAAUCUGAAGGAGUUCAGCGCAUUUAAAUGCAACAGUGGGUUGGUAAAGGCCAUUGUGAUUUCAGGGGAGAAAAUCUUCACGGGUCACCAGGACGGUAAGAUCCGCGUUUGGAAAGUAUCUCCAAAGAACCAAAGCUUGCACAAACGGUCUGGCACGCUGCCUACUCUGAAGGAUAUUUUCAAGGCCUCUCUCAAACCGAGAAACUACGUUGAGGUGAAGAAGAACCGCACCGCGCUUUGGAUCAAGCAUGCAGAUGCUAUCUCUUGUCUGAGCUUAAAUGACGAACAAGGGCUGUUGUAUUCAGCGUCGUGGGAUCGAACCAUCAAGGUGUGGAGAAUCUCUGAUUCGAAAUGUCUAGAAUCGAUCCCAGCUCACGAUGAUGCUGUGAACUCAGUGGUGUCAACAACCGAAGCGAUUGUUUUCUCCGGAUCAGCUGAUGGAACGGUAAAAGCAUGGAAACGUGAGCAAAAAGGAAAAUACACAAAACACACGCUCAUGCAGACGUUGACAAAGCAAGAAAGUGCAGUCACUGCUUUGGCUGUGAGUAAGAAUGGUGCUGCUGUGUACUUUGGUUCGAGUGACGGUUUGGUGAAUUUUUGGGAGAGAGAGAAGCAGUUGAACUACGGUGGUGUUUUGAAAGGACACAAGCUUGCUGUUCUUUGCCUUGAAGUUGCCGGCAGCCUUGUCUUUAGUGGAUCUGCUGAUAAGACAAUAUGUGUGUGGAAGAGAGAUGCAAAUAUUCAUACAUGUCUUUCUGUGCUUACUGGUCACACAGGUCCUGUAAAAUGUUUGGCGGUAGAAGCAGACCGUGAAGUGUCGGAACAUAAAGACAAAAAAUGGAUUGUAUAUAGUGGAAGUCUGGAUAAGUCGGUAAAAGUUUGGGGAGUUUCAGAAUCUUUCAUUGACAUGAACCAAAUCGGCAUGAUGCACCAGCAACAACAACAACAGGUCAUAUCGCAUUCGGAGCCUUUUAUGUCCGAGGGCAGUGUCUCUUCGUCCACUGGUGGAGCCAGCAGUCAUCGGAGACAUUAAUCACGGUUUGUGGUUUAUUGCCCAAAUAACAAAGCUUGGAUGAACUUCGAACGAAUCAUUUUACUUUAAUAUUAACUUUGAAUGCAAAAAAAAAUAUAUAGUUUUAUGAUGCAGUGUUGUAUAACGUGGAGCUAAGUUUGAACAUUUUUAAUUCUAAAGGUUUUUUUGUAAUCUUCCUAUAUUUGUGAUUAAACCCUGUAACUUCUUCAAACUUGAUAAUAAUUAUUUAUGUUGUGCAC